CCAUAUUUGCAACAUAUGGCUCUCUGUUUCAUUUCCUCUGUUUUCGCUCUGUUGUUACUGUUUGUAGCAGAACUUCAUGUCUGUGUAGUUUAUGGCAGUGUUAUUUUGGGUUCAAGAUUGUUAGCUAAAGAGAAACAAGCAUGGCUUUCUAACAAUGGAACUUUUGCUUUUGGCUUCACUCCUACAGUUGACUCUAAUGAUCAAUAUCAGUUGGCAAUUUGGUUUGCACAAAUACCAGGAGACAGAACACUUGUUUGGUCUCCUAAUAUGUAAGUGUAAAAAAUUUUAAGUUGUAUGUGCGUAGUGAUGGAGUCCGAGUUUUCACUCAAAAUAUACAGAAAUGAAUAACACAGAGAUUUAAUAUUUGCUAUAUGUACCUAAAAAUAAAAAAAUUGACUUUGUAUAUGUAGUGUAAUUUACCAUCUAAGGCAGUUUGCAUGAACCUCCCUUGUGUCCUCCUAGCUCCGCUCUUGCUUAUAAGGUUUUGUUAGGUAGUAAUAUCUUUAUUGAUAUAAGCUUUAUAUUUUCGACACAGAACAUAGAUAUAUACGUGAAAUUCUAGAUCUGCAUAUGUUAGUAGGAGGAAAAGUUGUAUGAUCAAACUGUAGCUUUUCUUCAUUAACUUUUCAAACACACGGAAUCCAUUCCAGCUUUAGAGGUUGCUUUUUUCUUUCAAAGAACAAGAUUUGAGAUUUUAUGAUGAAAGACAAGUUCUUGAAAACGUUCAGGAGGUAGAUGUAAGUAUGGAAUUAUAGAUAAGAAUUGUUAGGUCUGAUUUUAGAGAAGGAACAAAGAAGAAAAUAUACCUCCACCUCUAGUUUUUAAUAAAGAUUUUGCAGGUAAUAUAACUUUUUGGCCAUUUUGUGUCAAUCCUCUAAAUAGAAAUUCCCCAGUCAGCAAAGAUGCAAUCUUGGAGUUUGACACCACAGGAAAUCUCAUGUUGAUGGAUGGAGACACCAUAGUGUGGGCAUCAAACACCUCGAAAGCAGGCGUUGAGUUGGCUGUCAUGUCUGAAAAUGGAAACUUCAUUCUCUACAGCACCAACCUAAGUACUAUUGCAUGGCAAAGCUUUUCACAUCCAUCUGAUACUCUCUUGCCUGGUCAAUCCUUAACAGUAUCACUAGAAUUAACAUCUUCAAAAUCACCUUCUCAUGGUCGUUACUACACUUUAAAAAUGUUGCAGCAGCCUACUUCACUAAGCCUUGCAUUGACCUAUAAUGUCCCCAACUCCUACGAUUCAUCGCCUGAAUUUUACAGCAAUUUUUCUUAUUGGUCAAGACCUGAAAUAUCAAAUGUGACUGGAGAUGUUACUGCUGUAUUGGAUAAAGCAGGAAGCUUUGGUAUAGUUUAUGGCUCAUCUUCAGAUGGAGCAGUUUAUGUAUAUAAAAAUGAUGGAGAUUAUGGAGGACUAUCAUCGGCUGUAAAUCAAACGAAUUCCAAUGCUCCAUCUAUUCUUCAUCGAUUAACCCUUGAGGUUUAUGGAAAUUUACGUUUGUAUCGAUGGGAUAAUGAUGUGAAUGGAUCAAGGCAAUGGGUUCCAGAGUGGGCAGCUGUGUCUAAUCCAUGUGAUAUUUCUGGAGUUUGUGGCAGUGGGAUAUGUAAUUUAGAUAGAAGCAAAACAAAUGCUUCUUGCACAUGUUUGCCAGGGACUUCUACGGAGGGAAAUGAUGUUUCAUGUUUGGGAAAUUUUUCAGUGACAGGGAAAUGUGGACCUCAGCAUGAAAACUUGAUGUCCCAGUUCAAGAUUUCUAGGGUUCAGAAAAUAAAUUAUUAUUUCUCAGAAUCAUCUGUCAUAGGAAAUUAUAGUGAUAAAGGGACACUGUCCAAAUGUGGUGAUGCUUGCUUAUCAAACUGUGAUUGUGUUGCUUCUGUUUAUGGACUUAGUGAGGAAAAGGCUUAUUGUUGGUUACUCAGGAGCUUGGAAUUUGGUGAAUUUGAGGAUCCUGUUUCGACUUUAUUUGUGAAGGUUGAGGCCAAUGCCAGGGUAUCUGGAAAACCUGGGAAUUCAUCAGAUGAGUCGAAGAGUAGGCACGAUAAGGUUUUGGUACUUCCUAUAGUCCUGAAUCUCAUUUUGCUUCUCUGUUGCUUGUUGUUUAUCAAUAUCCAUAGAAGAAGAUCUAUGAGAAGGGCACUUGAGGGCUCUUUGCUGUUGUCUGGAGCUCCAAUUAGCUUCAGCUACCGCGACCUGCAAUGUUGGACUAACAAUUUUUCCAAGUUACUUGGAACAGGUGGAUUUGGAAGUGUGUAUAAAGGAAGUUUAAAGGAUGCAACAUUGAUUGCAGUAAAGAAACUUGAUAAAGUUUCACCUCAUGGGGAGAAGGAAUUUAUAACAGAGGUCAAAACCAUUGGCUCUAUGCAUCAUCUGAACUUGGUUCGUCUAUGCGGAUACUGUUCUGAGGGAAUUCAACGGCUACUAGUUUAUGAGUACAUGAAAAAUGGUUCAUUAGACAAGUGGAUAUUUCAUUCAUUUAGUACAAGAAAUAGACUACUGGAUUGGGCGUCACGUUUUCGCAUAGCAGUUGGCACUGCACAAGGGAUAGCCUAUUUUCAUGAGCAAUGUAGGAACAGAAUAAUACACUGUGACAUCAAACCAGAAAACAUACUUCUGGAUGAGAAUUUCUGCCCUAAAGUAUCUGAUUUUGGACUAGCUAAGUUAAUGGGAAGAGAGCACUCUCAUGUUGUCACAAUGAUCCGAGGAACGAGAGGUUGUUUAGCCCCCGAGUGGGUCAGCAAUCGACCUAUCACUGUAAAAGUUGAUGUUUACAGCUAUGGCAUGCUUCUUCUAGAGAUUAUUGGUGGUCAGAGAAAUCUUGAUAUGACUUGUGAUGCAGAUGACUUCUUUUAUCCUGGAUGGGCUUACAAGGAGAUGAUAAGUGGAACACCCGUAAAAGUUGUAGAUAGGCGACUUGGAGGAGCAGUAGAUGAAAAAGAGGUAACGAGAGCACUGAUGGUUGCCUUCUGGUGUAUUCAGGAUGAAGUGUCAAAUAGGCCUUCCAUGGGAGAAGUGGUGAAGAUGUUGGAAGGAUCAGUUGACAUGAAUAUGCCACCAAUGCCACAGACAGUUUUGGAGUUGAUAGAGGAAGGCUUAGAUCAAGUAUACAAGGCAAUGAAGAGGGAACUCAAUCAGUACAGUUCCUUCUCCAUUGCUACUCAUCCAUCAUCUUAUGCUACAUGCAGUCACUCCAGUAUGUCACCUAGAUAGUUGAAGAUGAAAUCGAACACAGUUUUCCCUAGGAUUAAGCAAUCAUAUCAUAAUUGAUUAUUCAUUCCCUGUCUCCCAAAAGAAGUCCCAGAAAAAGAAGGGAACACAACCACUUUUGUAUCAUGUGUUGCUACAACACCAUACACAUUGCAAGAACUCACUGUCGUGCUUUAUUGUUUUAUUUCACUCAAUUCUCUAGUCUCUCAGAUAUCUCCACCAAGUCCUCUGUGUAUAGAUCCUUUCUAUCUCUUUUUCGGUUUCUUUUAUACUACUAAUGUAAAAAUUUACAACCG